UCUCCCUCAAAAGUCACCACAAAAGCAGAUUAAAGGCUGAAAAAAUGGAACAAAAUCUACCAGUGAUAGCAAAAAGAGUAUGGAGCAUUGUAAGGGCUGUUCUCUUCAUGGUGAAAAAAGGCAUUUUAUCUAAGCCAAAGUUCAUGCUCCAUCUCAACAUGCUGCUCAAACGCGGCAAAAUCGUCGGGGCCAAAGCCAUUGCCAACCUCCUCAUGUUCCACCACCACCAAGUCUCUCCGUCAUCCUUCGCCGCCGCCCACGAGUACGAGUUCAGCUGCAGCAACACCCCGAAUUACAUCUUCCCUUUCAACCGCGCCACCAAGAAGAAACAUGGCAUUAACAACUACUACCACCACUUCUUCGCUUGCACACACGCGCCCCCUACUCACGACGACGAUAUCGCCACUGUCAAGACCGUCAUCGAGAUACUUAACAACGACAACAACAACGUAGGAGCUGCUGCUGUUGCUGCUUCCCCUAUGUUACCGGGUUUCGGACAAACCCCUUUGGUGAGACAGCUUAGGAUAACGGACUCUCCUUUCCCUUUAAGAGAUGCUGAUGAAGGCAAUGGCACCGUUGAUAAGGCUGCUGAAGAUUUCAUUAAAAGGUUUUACAAAGAUUUGAAGCUGCAAAAUAAAGGAAUGCCUGACUUAUGAGGGAAAUAUAUCUAUCAUUUUCGAGUUAAAUAGUCU